CCAGGGAGCCUUUCCCUCGCCCCGAGCAGUCUCCGCUCGCUGAACGCCUCCUCCGGCGCCGGCCCCGCGGCGCGGAGCUGUCUGUUCCUGGCCGGUGCUGAACACGGAGGCGCGAAAGCAAGGGCCGGAGCCCUCCUGGCCUCGCCCCGGCGCCCAGAGGCGAGGUAGGCGGCGAAGGACGCCGAGGGGCAUGGGGGGAACCGGCGGCGACCCCGCGCCGCCGGCCUGAGCCCACCGCGCCCCGCACACAAAGCCGCGCAGCGGCCAUGGAAGAGGAACUGAAGUGCCCGGUGUGCGGCUCGCUCUUCCGGGAGCCCAUCAUCCUGCCCUGCUCGCACAAUGUCUGCCUGCCCUGCGCCCGCACCAUCGCCGUGCAGACCCCGGAGAGCGAGCAGCACCUACCGCCCUUGCUUCACCCGCGGAGCCCCGCGCCGCCGGCCACCGCCUCCGCUGCGCCGGGGCCGGGAGCGGCCGCGGGCUCCGCCGCCUGCCUGGACUCAGAGUGCGCGGCGGGCGGCGGCGGGGACCACGCGGACAAGCUGAGCCUGUACAGCGAGACGGACAGCGGCUACGGCUCCUACACCCCUAGCCUGAAGUCCCCCAACGGCGUGCGGGUGCUGCCGCUAGUGCCGGCGCCCCCAGGAGCAGCGGCGGCUCCGCGGGGAGCCGGUCCCGCCAGCUCCUCCCUCACCUGCCCGCAGUGCCACCGGAGCGCCUCCCUGGACCAGCGCGGCCUCCGCGGCUUCCAGCGCAACCGGCUGCUAGAGGCCAUCGUGCAGCGCUACCAGCAGGGCCGCGCCGCCGCCGCCGCCAAGUGCCAGCUCUGCGACCGCAGCCCUCCCGAGCCCGCCGCGGUGCUGUGCGAGCAGUGCGAGGUGCUGUACUGCGCUGCUUGCCAGCUCCGCUGCCACCCGGCCCGCGGGCCCUUCGCCAAGCACCGCCUGGUGCCGCCGCCUGCACACCCGGGCGCCCCCGGCGGCGGCGGCGACAGCGACGGCGGCGGCGGAGGGAAAGGGGCGGGCGGUGGCCGCAAACCGCCGACGUGCGCCGAGCACGACCUGGAGAACUACAGCAUGUACUGCGUGAGCUGCCGCAGCCCUGUCUGCUACCAGUGCCUGGAGGAAGGCAAGCACGGCAAACACGAGGUGAAGGCGCUGGGCGCCAUGUGGAAGCAGCACAAGGCACAGCUGUCUCAGGCUCUAAAUGGUGUUUCAGAUAAAGCAAAGGAAGCUAAGGAAUUUCUGGUUCAACUGAAAAAUUUAUUGCAGCAGAUUCAGGAGAAUGGGUUGGAUUAUGAAGCCUGUCUUGUUGCUCAGUGUGAUGCCUUGGUUGAUGCAUUAACACGACAGAAGGCAAAAUUGCUCACAAAGGUGACCAAAGAACGUGAGCACAAGCUGAAGGUUGUUUGGGACCAGAUAAAUCACUGUACGCUGAAGCUACGCCAGUCAACAGGGCUCAUGGAGUACUGCCUAGAAGUUAUCAAAGAAAAUGAUCCCUCUGGGUUCUUACAGAUUUCAGAUGCUUUAAUCAAGCGCGUUCAGGUAUCUCAGGAACAGUGGGUCAAAGGAGCCUUGGAGCCAAAAGUAUCUGCUGAAUUUGACUUGACUCUGGACAGUGAACCUUUGCUGCAGUCAAUUCACCAGCUGGAUUUUAUUCAGAUGAAAUUUCCUCUUACAGUGCCACCCGUCCCAUUGCUGCAGCUGGAGAAGUGUUGCACCAGGAACAACAGCGUGACAUUGGCCUGGAGGAUGCCACCUUUGAGCCACAACCCGGUGGAGGGUUAUAUCUUGGAGCUUGAUGAUGGAGAUGGUGGCCAAUUCCGAGAAGUGUAUGUUGGCAAGGAGACUCUCUGCACCAUUGAUGGUCUUCAUUUCAACAGUACUUAUAAUGCAAGAGUCAAAGCUUUCAACUCCUCAGGAGUUGGUCCUUACAGCAAGACAGUUAUUUUGCAGACAUCAGAUGGUGAGUUGGAUUUUUGCCAUUUUCUAAUUGUAAAGCUGCUGGCCAUGGCUUGGUUCACCUUCGACCCCUCCUCAGCUCACAGGGACAUAGUGCUGUCGAAUGACAACCAGACUGCCACCUGCAACAGCUACGAUGACCGGGUUGUUCUUGGCACAGCAGCCUUCUCCAAGGGUGUGCAUUACUGGGAACUGCAUGUGGACCGGUAUGACAACCAUCCAGAUCCAGCCUUUGGGAUUGCCAGGAUUAAUGUUGUCAAGGACAUGAUGCUAGGCAAGGAUGACAAGGCGUGGGCCAUGUACGUUGACAACAACCGCAGCUGGUUCAUGCAUUGCAACUCUCACACCAAUCGGACUGAAGGAGGAGUUUCUAAAGGUGCCACUGUUGGUGUGCUCCUGGAUCUGAACAAGCACAACUUGACCUUUUACAUAAAUGGGCAGCAGCAAGGACCUCCAGCAUUUGAAAAUGUCGAGGGUGUCUUCAUGCCUGCAUUAAGCCUCAAUCGAAAUGUCCAGGUGACUCUGCACACAGGACUGGAGGUGCCACAAUGUGUAAAACAGUCCAGGCUGCCCAGCAACUAGUGAAACCUCUGCCCACUCCUCUGCUAUAUCCCGCAAGCUUUCCCUGUGUGGUUUGACACUUUUCAGUAAAUGGGUAAAAAACCCCCAUUCUUUUCCCUGACUUAGAACAUUGUACAGCACAUUGCUCACCUAACUGUCUGCUCUUACAGCUAACCCACUCCAUUUUGGUCAGCCAUAGCAAGCAUAACUGCUGAACUGGCACUUGAUUGCAGAUGGGUACCUGAACAGAUGUACGCUGCGUUGCAUACGUAUGUACACUUAUGUGCACGCACAUACACAAACAUGUAAAGCAGAAGUGUGUUUUCUUGCUCGUGGCUGGUUUUGUGCUUAAAAGAUACUAGGGAUCCCAGAAAAAAAAUGGGUGAGACAAAAACCAAGGGGCAAGAGCUGGUGGAGCAAUUUACCAGUAGGUACACUGAAUGCCAUUGCCACCUGAAGUCCUUAAACCAAGAAAGCACAUGAUUCAACAUCUUAAGGUGAGGCUGGCUGCUCAAAAAUUCCUGGUUGUCCAUUAACAUUCAGGGGCUCAAGUGAUCAUUAAUUAUUCCUUCAGUAAGCUAUGGGGUAAAGUUCCUCUAGAAUUCCAUGGCAGAACUUAUCUGCAACAAGAAUAAGGUUGGUUUCCAUCACUG